GUCAAAUACUCAAUCGUUCAACAGCCAAAUCAGAAAGGCACCAAAUUCACCGUUGACGAGGAGACCGGCGAGGUGUCCACCAACAAAGUGUUCGAUCGCGAAGGUGACGAUGGUAAAUUCGUUUCGGUCACCGUUAAAGCGACUGACCAAGGUGAACCUAGCUUGGAAGGCGUGUGUUCUUUUACAGUAGAAAUUACAGAUGUCAACGACAAUCCACCACUCUUUGAUCGACAAAAAUAUGUCGAGAAUGUGAAGCAAGACGCCAGCAUCGGCACAAACAUACUGCGCGUCUCCGCCUCCGAUGAGGAUGCCGACAAUAACGGAGCCAUUGUGUACAGCUUGAGCGCCCCCUUCAAUCCCAACGAUUUGGAGUAUUUCGAUAUACAGGCUGAGUCGGGUUGGAUAGUGUUAAAGAAGCCGCUUGACGUAAGUGCCUCGUUAACCAAUUUUUAAGUUUACAACUUGAAAUAUUUUGCUAUUACAGU